AUGUCGCCUUCCCAGAAAAAAAGUACCUCCAAAAGAGCAAGAGUCUCUUCACUUGAACCAACAUAUGAAGAACAAACAUUUCAGGUAAGUCCAGUCUUCUAUGUAAUCGAAGCAGAAAAAGACAACGACAUAACUGAACUUACUUGUUUCCGUGUUCAAAAAGAGAUUUAUGCACAAAUAGGAGACGUAGAUAAUAUAAAAAUUGGAAGAAAUAAAAUAAUAAGAAAAGCACACGACCUAUGGCAAAUCAUGCCGAGUAUACUAAGAGCAAAAAGAAAUAAUAAGAAUCAAGAUCAUGAAUAA